ACCUCCCCACACACUUUCCUUCAUUUCACCCCAACCUUUUUCGCUUCCUCUCUCUUUCUCUUUCUUUUUCUCAAUUGCUGCGAAAGAAAAAAGAAACGGAAUCGCAUUACCAAAGACGAAAACGAAAGAAAGAAACGAUGAUGCAGCUGCAGCAACACCAUCAAGAGGUGGAAGAAGCAGAAGAAGAGGCUUCGAAUUCUUCUUCUCAUCAUCACAACAAGGCAUCGCCUUCUCCCAGUUUCAGCAGCUACUCAUCGGAGACACUCGCCGAGAUCGCCGCCAGGGUAAUCGAGGAGCUCCGCCGCGACCCUAGUUCACUCUCCGUCGUCGACGACGACGACGCACUUUUCCCGCCAUGGGAAAACCAAAACGACAGCUUCGUCCCCCAAAACGACAAGCCGGCAGAACAAAACGACGACGACGACGAUGAUUUCGAAUUCGCGUUCGUUUCGCGAGACUUCGCUUCUCCAGUCUCCGCGGACGACAUUUUUCACAACGGCCGGAUCAAGGCGAUGUACCCAAUCUUCGGCGUUGUCGUUCCCUCAAACGACGCCGUUUCGAGCGUUGUUCCGAAUAAUAAUAAUAAUAAUAUUGCGAACAGUACUCCGCGGCGUCGUCUUCCUUUAAGGAAGCUAAUGUUCGAGGAGGGAGAAACAGCGUCGUGCUCGUCGUCAACGGAAGAGAGCGUUGACCUAGAAGGGGUGGUGGCAGCGGAAGGGGCGUACUGCGUGUGGACACCGAAUUCCGUUGGGAGGGAACGGAAGAAGAGCAACUCAACGGGGUCCGCGUCGAAGCGGUGGAAGCUUCGUGUUCGAGAUUUGCUUUUGAGGAGUCACAGUGACGGAAAGGAUAAUAAUAAUAAUAAUAAACAACAACAACAACAGAGAGAACUCAAAGAAGUGGUGUUUCAGAUUCCGAAGAACAAAGUGGCGGCGAAGCCUCAGAACGGAACGGAACAUGCGGAACAGAACAAGAGGAAGUCCUUCUUGCCUUACAGGCCAGAAUUGGUUGGACUUUUUGCUAAUGUCAAUGGCCUUGGUCGGAAUUUGCGUCCCUUUUGAUUUUUCGACCGUAAUUAAAAAUUAAACGAUAUUUAUUAUUAAUUAUUCCAUUCAUUAUAGUUUCCUUCUUCUUCUUCUUUUUUUUUUCGUUUUAUUUUAGCAGAUUAUAUAUCCCUUGCUUUAUUAGUUUCUUCUGAUGGUUUUCCUUGCCUUUGUUUGUUUUGAUAUUUUUGGGCCGGGAAUAUUGUAAUUAAAGCGGAUGAGAUGCAGUAGUAUAUAUUCUUUUUUCUGUAAAUUCAAUGGACAUUUUAAGGGUUUCUUUUCUUCUUUUU